AUGAUCGGCUGGAAGUGCUCGGGCUGCAUCUUUGGCACCUCGCUCUGGGGCGUGAUUUUCUUGGCGGUCCUCGGCGGCCUGUACUACAACGAGUCGAUCGGACUGCUCGAAGACAUCCCAGAAGAGGAGAAGGAGGCCAUCAUCCACAACGACUGGCGCACACAGCGCGUCCCCGACAUCAAGGACAAAUUCCGCCAAAAUGCCUACAACGCCUGGAUUGCGGCGGGAGCUUACGGGGGACUGAUGGUCGUUUCCGGCAUUUGGAUGGUCAUCUCGUUCAAGAGAUCA